AUGGACUACACAAUGGAAGACACCCAGAACUCCGCUCCUGACGCUCACGAGACCUCAAAGCUCGGCUCCUCAGCACAAAGGAGCGACACUCAGAGCGUCACCAAACGUCUCCAAGCUGAGUUGAUGCAACUCAUGCUGUCCCCCUCUCCGGGCAUCUCCGCUUUUCCAGACGCCGACGGCAACCUACUCUCCUGGACCGCCACCAUCAGCGGUCCGACCGAAACACCCUACGAGGGCUUGACCUUCCGACUCUCCUUCGCUUUCCCCAGCAACUACCCUUAUGCUCCCCCUACCGUUCUCUUCAAGACCCCGAUUUACCACCCCAACGUCGAUUUCUCCGGCCGAAUCUGUCUCGACAUCCUGAAAGACAAAUGGAGUGCCGUUUACAAUGUGCAGAGUGUGCUACUCAGCUUGCAAAGUCUGCUUGGAGAGCCCAACAACGCGAGCCCCCUAAAUGCUCAGGCCGCCGAACUUUGGGACACCAACCAAGAGGAAUACAAGAGACACGUCCUUGCUCGUCACCGUGACAUUGAAGAUAUCGAGUAA